AUGGCGCCGCGAGCCCGCGCACUCACCUCCUCCGAGGGAGAACAGCCGGCGGAAAAGAGCCGGCGCCGCAAAGCACCCCGGGAUGGUGCCGGGCUCAGCCAAUCAGAAGCGCCGAGGCGUCCCGGCCAGUCAGAGCCGGGGAUCGCGGAAGUGACCGGCGCUUCGGGGGCCGAGUGCGGCGAGGAGGGCGCGCACGUCACGGGACUCGGUCCGCGCCCCUCACCCUCCGGCGCCGCCCCCGCGUCCCGGCCCCGGGGCUCGCCGCCCCGCCCGGACUCCCGAGGGGAGCGCGCGGGCCGGGCGGAGCGAGGAGCCCGCCCCCCGCCGAGCGGGGGCCGACGCGGAGCGUCCCGAGGCCGUGGCCCGGGCGGAAGGCGGCCGCGCAGCCACCCCGGAGCCCCCCCCGGUCCCCGGCGCCGAGCCUGCCCCCGGGACUACCGUCCGCCGGAGAUCCCGGAGCGGAGCGCGGCAGGUGCAGGCCUCCGCGCCGCCGAGACGCGCUCGGGUGUCGGCGAAAUCGGGCUGCGAGGCACCGCGGGACCGCAGGGCUGGGCGGGGACACGGCCUGUGUCCUGCGCGGGCCCUUGCGGUCAGUUCGGCGCCCCAGGCCUGCGUGGACCGGGGCGGGGCGGCCCUGCCUCCGGAGGCCGCGCGCGCGGCGGGGACGGGGACGAGCUCAGCUCCGCUCUGGCUCAGGUGCAGGCGAAUGCGGGGCCGGGGGGAGCCGCGCGCUGCGGCUGGGAAGUGGCAGCGGCCCGCGGAGCGCAGGUGAGGUCGGAAGUCUGCGGCCGCCUCGGGCUCGGCUGCGCUAACGGGCGGCCAGUGACAAGUCAGGAAGAAGUGACAAGCCAGGGAACGUGGCUGUGGAGGUGGCGUGGGUUCGAGGUCUGCGCUACUCUCCGAGGCGUAGGGCACCUUAUCGGAACUUUCCUCCUCUGCGAAGUGGGAGGACUGAUGGGCCCCAGGACCGGCUCUACUUCCGUGGGAGGUGGUAGGAACCCUGCCGGGGAGGAGGGGACGGAGCGGGUGGUCCCUCACAAAACCUUGAGAGGGGUUCUCCGCGGUCUCCCGUCACUUUCUUCGUGUGGCCCUGGAGCUUGGACCCGCACUCUGUGACGGCAUCGUCGCUGCGGCAGAGUGAUGCUGGAGGAGACGUUCGUUGAAGGAACACUUGCCGUGGCCCAUGCCGCGUUUCUUAGCAUGUCUUCUGUCCAGCGUCAGCCUGCACGUCCCAGGCCUUUCUCAGACCCCUUGCAGUGGAUCAUUGCUCUUACUAAUCUCGGGCACAUUCCUAUCCCGACCCCCAAUUUCUCUUUCUGGAUAGACCCCCACACUCAUGCAGUUCCGUCUGCCCUGACCCACAUCUCCACCUGAGCGCCAGCCACUCACAGUGAAGAUGUGGCCCUGGGUCGCUGGUUGGGGGACAGAGGUCUGAAAAUAGAAUCACUGCCCAGAUGAUGGUGGCGGUGAGAAAGUGAAGUUGGAGCUGAAGAGUCUUGGUCUGCAGUGCACGCCAUGCCCGACACAGACUCCGGUGUCCCAUUCUUGAAUGCUCCACACGCUUACUGUCUUUUAAAAGGGUGCAGAAUAGUGAGGGGAAACUGCUUCUGAUGUGAAAUCCUGUUGGGGACAGGCUCGGCGUUCUACUUAGGAGACAGGAGAAGGAACAUUGUCAACCACGGAGCAGGAGUCCUUCUGAUACAAAGACUUGGCUGGCUCAAGUGUUUUAAAAAUCAGUAGCUGUGGGGGCGCCCGGGCGGCUCAGUGGGUUAAGCCUCUGCCUUCGGCUCAGGUCAUGAUCUCAAGGUCCUGGGAUUGAGCUCCACAUGGGGCUCUCUGCUCAGCGGGGAGCCUGCUUCCCUCUCUGCCUACUUGGGAUCUGUCAAAUAGAUAAAUAAAAUCUUAAACAAACAACCAGUAGCUGUUGGGACAGACCAUGUCCUGGGCACAGAAAUCCACAGCCACAGGUCUGCUCCAGGCUUUUGUCCCAGACUUGGGCCUCCAAGGGCCACUAAAAGAGGCCCUCUCUUCCCCCAGGGAACUGCAUUUAAGGUGGCUGGCGAUUCCUGGAUGGACACCCGCAAGGUGUGGGAGGAUGCUGUGCACAGCCUCAUAGAGUUUCCCUGCGAGACUCAGUCCGUUCCUCACAGCACAGCCUCCUCACUCAGUACUUGUCCCUGGCCGGUCCGCCGGCUGGUGCCCUGGGUGUUCUUCAAGGAAAUCCCAGCUACAACAGUCACCAGCAGUGUUGGGAGCCCUCUCAGACAUACCGCCUCGAUUUUUAAAAUUAGUUUCAUAGGGGCAAAGUGAUUUUUUUCGUGUUUGGGGGGUAAAAGUUCUAUCCCAAAACAUUUCGCAAAAAUUAGCAUGCUUUGUCCUAUGAAUACGGGGUAAUUAUUGAAUUGGGAAAAGCAAUAACCCAAUAACAGCUAGGCCAAGAUAACAUUUGCUGCUUAAUCACAGAACUCGUUGACUACCCAGCAUCUCAGCUUUCCAGAAUCUUGGUCUACACAAAGAUCAGCUGUAGGCUAAUUCAAAGAUUCCUAUAACCUGAAGGAGCACUUGAUGUCAAUGAAAGGCAGCAGAAAGAAUAUUAGUGUUGUAAUCAUAAAUGUUCUAUUUAAAAUAUCUGCAUGACAACAGGCGUUAACUGGGCUCAUUAUGAUCAUUUUGCAAUAGGGAUGAACGUUGGCACAUUACACGGUACACCUGAAACUAAGUAUCUCUUACACCAAAACAAAAAGUAAGCUUUGAUUAAGCAUAACAGAACAUACGUGUUUGUUGGUGAGUGUAUAUUACAGUAGAGAACUGUCUGUAUUAUUUAAGAGCACACGUUAAUUUCUCUUGAUACUUUUCAGUCUCCUGAAGAUGAUUGUGUUAAAUAUCCCUGUUGACGCCUGGGUGCUCAGUCGUUAAGCGUCUGCCUUCUGCCCAGAUCACAAUUCCAGGGUCCUGGGAUUGAGCCCUGUAUCGGGCUCCCUGUUCUGCAGGAAGCCUGCUUCUCC